AACCCUUUCACCUUAAGUUUGGCCUGGGCCGCUGUGCUAUUCGCUUCUUCCUCAAUCACCAGUUCCUCUCAAUUGAGUCGAUCAAUCGUCGUCUCCAGUCUCCACUUCGGCACUGCUGCACUUCCCAGUCCGACGGUCGACGGUGAGUCUCCUACAGUCCCGCACUCCCUCUGUGAGUCGCCAUUCCUCCUUAUUUGUUUUUUUUUGUAGAAAAAAAGGAGACUUAGCUAUGAAAGACAACAAGUGUUGGCGACCCAACCUGAAACCUGUUUGAUCCGCUCUUAAAAAAACUGCCCAUUCGCCUCGAUGAUUAGUACCCUAACCCAUUUUGAACUGUUACUCAAUCUGACCCAACUUCCUUUCGCCUUCACACACCUUAUAUGUCUUUAUAGGCACAAUAUUUGAAGACGUCACAUCUAUACCUGCAUAGAUGGCUAGUGGAUUGGGUUUGGAAUGCCAAGUUUGUGGCUUUGUGGGCUUGGACGAUGGUGGUGAUGGCUUCUUUUACUGUCAGCGUUGUGGCUCUCAAGCUGAUGGAAUUAGGGACACUGCUGUUGAUAAUGAUGAGAUGCUUUUGACCAAGGAGAAUGUAGGGGGUAUUGUUCAAAGGCGUGUACCCGUUGUUAAAACUGAGCCAGUCUCCCAGUCCCAACCUCCUUCACAAUUUUGGGAGACUUUAAGGACCCAAGAGGAUGAUGCUGAAGCAGGUGAUGGUGUUGGUCCCACCGAGCCCGUUGAUUUUGGGAGAGGCCCUAGAACAUUGAGUUAUGAAGAUUAUUACUCAGAAAUUAGGAUGAGGUAUGUGAUGGGAGUCCAGAUAAUGAUUGAGCUGCAGAUUAAGGCUUUGGUUGAAAAGUUUAACGUGUGUCCCAUAAUUGUUGGCAUGGUCGAACCCGUUUGGUUAAGAUUUGUGGCAUCAACUCAGAUUUUCACUGAUGACUGGGCGGAUGAGGUUAUUAAUGAAUCAGAAUCUCAAGUACAAGGGGAAACAGAAGUUGUUGGGCCUAGGGCUAGACAUAGAGCUGAACCUCAUAAUAUACUUGGUAAACGAUCUGUAAUGAUAUGGUACCAAUAUGUGAGCAAAACAAUUCCUUUAUCUUAUUCUUUAGUAAUUUCUUUUCUGGUGUGCCAUUUGGCAAGGGAGCCAAUCUUGUCGACGGAUAUAGUGAAGUGGACGCUUGAUGGAAAGCUUCCUUAUUUUGCUGCUUUUGUUGAAAUCGAGAAACAAAUUGGACCCCAUACUAAUGCCUGCCCUCUAAGUUCAAGUCGCAUGUUCAGACCUAUACAGGCGAUCUCUAUACAAAAGUUGGAAUCAUUGGCAGCUUGUAUUGCACAUUCAAUAGAUUUGGAAUUACCUCCAGUCAACUUCUAUGCAAUUGCUUCUCGUUAUCUCAGGCAGUUAUCUCUUCCUGUUGAGACUAUUCUCCCUCAUGCAUGCCGCAUAUAUGAGUGGUCUAUGCCACCAGAGCUGUGGUUAUCAGCUAACGACUUCAGGCUUCCUACACGUGCUUGUGUAUUGUCUAUACUUAUAGUUUCAAUUAGGAUCCUUUACAACAUACAUGGUUUUGGGAAGUGGGAAAUGUCAUUAUCUUCUGCCAUUAAGCGAUCCUCAUCAGCUGGCAAGAGAGAAGAUGGAAAAAAUUUGAACAUUUCGGAUAUUGAUGCUGAUAAAGAAAAAGAGGCGGAAUCCGAAUAUAAUGUUGAUGUAAAUAGUGCUGCUGAGCUGUCAUAUAUUUUGAUUAAUCCCAAGUUGCAAGAUGAUGAUGAUGAUAGCGAUGAUUCUGAUAGAAAGCCAUAUAAUAAGCUACCGAGAAAAUCCAACUGGGAUGCUACGAAGAUUUUAGUUGUACUUCAAUCGAAAUACAAUGAGCUCAUUGAUACAAGUGAUCAUUGUAAGGAUUUGCAAACGUAUCUUGAAUACUGUAAGGAUGUGGUUUUUGCUGGUAUGGAACUGUCAUUCGAGGAUCAUGAGGAACAACAAAUAAUAGAGGACCUUUGGAAUUUUUAUCGAAAGGAAGAGGACCAUAAACAAUCAAGUCCUCUGGAGUCUCGCUUCUCGAUCCCUACUUGUGGUCCCCACAAGAGACCUCGAGAUAGUUCCAAAAGAAAAACGAACAAGACCAAGAAACCUAAAGACGAUGAUGCCCAAAUUAGCGUCGACGACUCUAAGGGGUCCCACAAAGAAAUAGCGAUAAAAAGAAUGAUAUCGAACAUGGAAGAGAACAAAUUCUAUUAUAUCCCUCCAAGGACCAAAGUCAAACGAUCCGAUUACCUACACUACACGAGAAAAAAAGGCGAUGGGGCCUACACAUACGCGGCACACGCAGAUUAUUACAUUUUACUGCGUUCUUGUGCAAGAGUGGCGCAACUCGAUGUCAGGAGUAUGCAUGUUGCAGUGUUGAAUUUCGAAAGGCGUUUGGCGUGGCUAGAGAAGAACAUUGAUCAUUGUUUGAAAAUAAUGCCUACGAGCGAAGAUUGUGAACUCUGUCGUGAUGAUGAAAUGAUGCAAACAGUUCCAAACGAUGAUUCAGUCGAUUUUUCAAAGUUGAACUUGUGAGAUUUGUUC